AUGGCGGACUUGGACGCCAACCACAUCAUGGGAAGAAGACCCUACACUGGGCCACGAUAUACACAUCAACACGCGCAACUCGGCUCCCUCACUGGUCGCCUCAUCAAGUCACCUCAUUUCCCGGGCUCUCCAGUCGUGCAGUUCUGUUCCAUACCAUUUGCGGAAGUGCCCAAGCGCUUUGCGCCUUGUAUCCCUCGGGACAAUAUACCAGACCAUUUUGAUGGCAGGCCGCACAGGGACUUUACACAGUUCGGUGCUGCCUGUCCUCAAGUUGGUGCCACCAAGCCUAGCUGGUUUGCGGCCUAUGGUGGAGCGCUCGAUGAUGAUGCCGGCGUAAGAUUUGACGAAUUCACAUGUCUUACCGUCAGCAUCUCCGUGCCCGAGACUUGUCUCUCUGUCAAUGCAGACGGGCAAGAGCUGGAACGACGGCCCGUCAUGGUCUACGUACAUGGUGGCGGCGCACAAGAGGGCAUUGGCCACGUUGACGGCCUCCACUCCAACGCUGCGCUAGCAGCCUACUCAUCAGAGCUAUCAUUGCACGCCAUCACGGUCAACAUCGGGUACCGCCUCAAUUGGCUCGGUAGCCUCGUCUGUCAAGAUGUUCUCGAAGAGUAUAAUGCUGACCCGUCAAUUUCACCUCAUGGUCCGUUCAAUUUGACCAUCCAAGACCAGCGUGCAGCUUUCGCAUGGAUUCACAAGUACAUCAGUGGGUUCGGUGGUGAUCCCGACAACAUCACUGCCUUUGGCGAGUCAGCCGGAAGUAUUUUCCUGGUAUACCAUAUAUGCGGUUCUCCUGAAAGGCUGUUCAACAGGGUGAUCCUUCAGUCCGGAGUCGUCUUUGGACACGGCACAUUUGACCAGAAGAAUGCAGAAUACCAGGGUCUACUGAAACACUUUGGGAUUGAAGGCACAAGUGCUAGUGAAAGGCUGGAAAAGCUUCGGCAGGUGCCUGCGGAACUGCUUGCAAAGUAUCCUGGUCAACACACCUUACCUUUUGUCGAAGAUGUGCCCGGGAUGAGCGUCAAGAAGCCGCUAUUCCCAAGAGGAAGUCCUUCUUUCUCGGAACAAACACCACUAAUAUCAUCGUGUCCGUGGCUUGAAGACAUUAUUAUUGGCGAUGAUUUCUGGGAGGGGUACGUCUUCAGGGACUUCAUCCGAGGGGCUUCACCAAUACGCUUUCUCGAUACUAUCAGAUCGAUUUUCCCGGAUCAGGUGGCCGACCGCCUGCUUGAUGCGUACGACUUACCUGGUACACGCGAGCUCGCCGUGAAGGUAGAUGACAACCGCUUCUGGGGAAACGUCAUGUACUUCGUUGGGGACCUGCUGUUUUCACAGCCCAUUCAUAAUAUGGCUAACGAACUCGCUCUCCACAGUGCGCCCGCAGCAGGCCCUGCCAAGAAACAAAAGAUCUACCGCUAUUCAUUCGGCUUGACGAAUCCGUUCCCUGGCUCAGACCACAGCUUCGUGACGGGCCACCAUUUUGUGGAAAUCUUAUUCCUGUUCCUGACAUUGCUGGACCGGUACCCGCGACACCGAGAUAGCUGGCUCGAGAAGCAGGCCAAGGAAACUGCAAAGCGAUGGAUCGUGUUCGCCAACGGGAAAGAGCCGUGGGACGAGUAUGUGGUGCGUCAGCAGUCAGAAAUUGGCGACGCGAGGAUGGCCGUCUGCGAUGACAUUCGAGGCUGGCAUGUCAAGACAGUCUCGCAAGAUGAAGAAGAGAGCAAAAGCGAUCCCUGGGGUCGGAGACGCUACGAUGGAUGGGCAGCAUUAGAAGACGCAUUUUUGUCGCUGAAGGGGCCUGAGAUGGACGUGAAGACAUUUGAACAAACCGUGCACGUGGCCCGCCUGCAAUUACUUGGCAGUGUCGUGGGGCAUCCCUCGAACUGA